AUGAUCUCUUCUGGUCAAAAACGCUGUUUUUUAAUGAGCAUUUCCUUAUUUCUUCUGGCUACAACACUUUUUGUAUUUAUGCCUGCCCUGAAAUCUGAACCUUUCUUUGAUAAACUCUAUUCAAAUGAUAUUAGUACAUAUACUUCACGGUUUAACAAAUCUGUCAAAAAGUCAGCUUUUGCAACAGUUUUAUGUGAUACAACAAUGACAGAAGCUAUCCUUGUAUCGAUAUACUCCUUAAAGUCUGCCAUGAAUACUACUACCUCCUCAACAUCACAAAGCGAUAUUCUGGUAGUUGUACCAGAUACGCUAGAACUCUCAGAAUCUGUGUUAACUCAUAUCAAAUUAUUGAAUGUUAUCAUCGUCAGAGGAAAAAUACUCCACGAAAGUGUAGCAAAAGAUUCAUGUGGCACCGCACUUACUCUGUGGUCAUUGGUAGAUUAUCACAAAAUCGUAUACUUCUCACCAAAUGUAUUCUUCAAACAAAACCCCCAUACACUACUUGAAUUUCCCAGAAAUGCAGUCAUGGUUCUUUCAGAUAAUUAUGAACCUAUCUAUGGAUCUCUUAUUGUAAUUGAACCCAGUCGAGAUAUUCUUGAAUACGAUGCUGAGUUGUAUGAUGUAGAGAUAGAGCGUAUUCCUAUCUCAGACUAUUUGCAAGAAACUAUACUUUCUUGGGACCGAAUAAUAAUGAUGCCAUUAUCUCUGUUGGAUGAGAAUAUUCUUAUCUUUAAAGAUGCUACGAAACCUUGGAACUUUCACAAGUAUGGCAAGCAAGACUGGAGAUCAUCGUAUGAGCCCUCUGAGUACUAUACCUGGAGACAAGCUCACACUUUGCUGAAGAAUUUUUUAUCACUAGGUUCUCCUGGAUGGGCUAACCAAAAUCGUCAGAGGGACAUCUGUGAUAAGGUUGCGCCUAAUUCUACGAGCCAUACUUUUCCACUCCAAAACAAGUUUUCAGUACUCUUGAGUACCUAUAAUCCAGAACGUAUAGAACAUAUAUCCCUUCUCAUCCGCCACCUGCUUCGAUCGUCCAAAGUGCACGCUGUUUAUGUUACUUGGCACAACCCCGCAUUGGAAGUACCCCCAUCGCUCCUAGAAGCCCUUACUUCAAUUGAACGCGAGCGGGUCCAUAUAUUGAGACAAGAAUACGAUUCUCUUAACAAUCGGUUUAAUCCAAUUGCAAGUCUCUUGACAGAUUCAGUGUACAUUAUGGAUGAUGAUAUUUUUAUGGAUCUGGGUGAUCUUGAGUUUACAUAUCAAACGUGGCAGGCACAAAAGGAUAAUGCAGUGGGUCAUUUUCCUCGUUACCACACAUUUGAUCCAGAACUCCAGACUGGGACAUACAAAGUUCCUUAUGGUCAGAAAAUGCAGUAUAGUAUGGUUCUAACAAAAAGCAUGUUUGUCAGAUCUGACUAUCUUUUUGCUUAUACAUGUCUAUUGGAUCAAGAUAUGCAUCGUAUUAUUGAUGAUCGUCUUAACUGUGAGGAUAUUGCAUUUUCCAUGCUGGCAACUGGAUGGACUGGUGCUGGGCCGACUUCAGUGACACCACAGAAGCCAGUCAGUGACUUUGGACUUGACUUGGGAAUCAGUCUAUCCGUUGGACAUAUGGAUGCUCGUGCAGAGUGUAUAGUAGAUUUCAUAGGGCAAUUUUGGGAUGGACAAGAUCCACUCAUAAUGGCUUACAAUACUAUUGUUCCUUACCGUCGUACCUCUCUUCGGAGGGGUAAAUGGGAGAGCAUUAAAUCCCAGGUCAGCAAGUACGGCAUUUAG